AGGCAGCAUCCCAACCUUCGGGCUGGGCACAUGGCUGGCUAAUGAUGGUGAAUGUCAAGAGGCUGUCAAAUAUGCUCUACAAUGUGGAUAUCGAUUGAUCGAUACAGCGCAGAUGUAUGAGAACGAGGAGGAAGUUGGACGAGGCGUUGUUGAGUCUGGCGUACCGAGGAAAGAUAUUUUCCUUGUCACUAAGGUUAAUCAACUGAACCAUGGUGAGCACGCCACGAGGGCUAGCAUUGAGGAAAGCUUGGCGAAGCUGGGAACGAGCUAUGUGGACUUGGUGCUCAUACACACACCUGCCGGGGGAAAGCUGGUGGAAACUUGGUGCACACUGAAGAAGCUUCGACACGAGGGUAAAUGCCGAUUCAUUGGAGUGUCUAAUUUUGGGAUCGAGCAAAUUGAAAGUCUUGUCGAGGCUACCGGUGGCGAGUAUCCUGCAGUCAACCAAGUAGAGCUGCACCCGUGGUUGCAACAGAAAGAGCUAAGGAAGUACUCUGACGAGCACGGCAUAGUAAUUAUGGGGUUCUGUCCUCUAGCGAGAUGCAAGAUGUUCGGUUCUGAGGAGAAUAAGGUCAUCCAGGAUAUAGCGGUGGCUCAUGGAGUACAGGAAGCUGACGUCUGCCUUCGCUGGGCACUACAAUCUGGUAUAGUUACCAUUCCGAAGACUUGCAAUCUGAAAAGGGUUGCUUCGAAUAUGACUGUAGUUAGUUCGUUUGAACUCACUGAUGCUGAGAUGACGAGA